GGGGAGUUUGAACCAGAAAAGUGUGCUGCUGAGGCUGUUGCAGAUGGUGGAAUAAAUGGCAGCAGACAGGAUCAAGGAAAACAAAUGCUCACACGUUUAAGGGAUUUGGGGAGGAAAUGCCACUCUUGCGAAAGCACUACUUUCCCCAGCAAAUUAAAUUGGGUGCUGCUCAGUACAACCUGAGCUUUAAGGUAUCUAAAGGCACACACACAAUGUUACUAGUUGGCAGAGGUUAUUGUGACCAGCAUUUGAGGUAAAUGUCAUCUGAUUAUUGGAGGUGGCCAUAUUUUGAAAUCACUCAAACUGGAAAAAGCAAGCUGCCUAAGGCCGAUUCGCAGGGCCCCAUGCCCAGACCUCACUCCCACACUGUCUUCUACCAGUAUGUGCCAAGGAUUUAUGAAAGCCAGCCCAGUUUGCCCUGCCUUCUGUAUAUCCCUUGCAGACCUCUAACCUGCGGGCUGUGCCAAUUUUGCCUUCUAACGCAAAACACCAUUGAACACCAGUUACAGUUUGAUGCUGUCAUAAGGAAUUAAUGCAGAGGAGCUUUGGAUUGAAAAGGAUCGGGAGUAGUCCCUGUAAUCAGAAAGCUGGCCUCUGAGGAAGGAAAUAGAUGAGAUUCCAUAGCAUCCAUGCCAUAUCCGCCCCCCCCCCCCCGUAAGGUUCAGAUGCAAUUGUAUAAAGUCAGUCAGCCAUAUGUCUUCAGCAUAUUUAACUUAAAUAAAUCCACAGCUGAGAAAGUGAUCAGUGGGUCUGAGCCAGUUCCUAAGCAGAGAUUUUAAUGGCUUUAAGGUUAGCGCUAUUUGAAAUACAAAUAUUUUCAUGUUAUCUUAACACUGUGCAACCGCCUCCAAAAUGAUUUCAGCGUGAUUCUGCUGCGGCUGACAAGUACGAGUUUUAAUUUCUCUACUAAUUAGCCCAAAGCAGGGGCAGUGUGAAAUGCGAGUGAUGCUUUAAUUUGGUACUGUGUUAGUUUAUGUUUGCGCUCGUCGGAGUUCUCUCUUCUCACAGUUAAUGAAUUCCUGGCAUCUUCUGGAACCAGGGAGGACUAUGAAGGCCAAAUGACGUGCUGUGUAGACCUCCAUGUAACUUUUGCCUCUGCCAGGGGCAACCCAAUAUGUUUUGCUGCCUGAGGCAAAGCAAGUAUAAGGACAUAAGAACUUGCCCUGCUGGAUUAAGCCACCACUCUCUUCUCACAGUGGCCAACCAGAUGCCCAUGAUUAUUAGCAACUGGUACUCAGAAGUACACUGCCUCUGGGAGCAGAGCUGGAACAAAGCCAGCAUGGCUAGUAGCCAUUAAUAGACGUAUUCUCUACUAAUUUCUCUAAGCCUCUUUUUUAAAAAAAACAAACCUAAGGUAAAAGGUAAACGGACCCCUGACCAUUAGGUUCAGUCGUGACCGACUCUGGGGUUGCGGCACUCAUCUCGUUUUAUUGGCCGAGGGAGCCAGUGUACAGCUUCCCGGUCAUGUGGCCAGCAUAACUAAGCCACUUCUGGCGAACCAGAGCAGUGCACGGAAACACCGUUUACCUUCCCUCAGGAGUGGUACCUAUUUAUCUACUUGCACUUUGACCUGCUUUCGAACUGCUAAGUUGGCAGGAGCAGGGACCGAGCAACGGGAGCUCACCCCUUCGAGGGGAUUCAAACCGCCGACCUAGGCUCUGUGGUUUAACCCACAGCACCACCCAUGUCCCCAAACAAACCUAAGCAUACACUUUAUUAACAACUCUUAACACAUCAAGUUCUUAGAACAUUCAGUGUAACCAAUGUAAUCCCAAUGUAAAUAAAUAAUUUAAAUAUAUAGUUAAAAGUGAAUAAAUCUGUAUAUAGACAAUUAAUAUAAAAACUAAAGGGAGCGCUUUCUUCCCAAGGAGCUUAUUGUUCUUACUAUAAAUAUAGUGCUUUCCCCCCGGGGCACUAUCAUUUGACAAUACAAAAGUCACUAUGCCCUAAACAAGCAAUCGUCUUCUCAUUGCGGAGUUCAGCUCUGUCAAUGCGGGACUUGGGGCUUCUGGUCUUCUGAAGCCAUUCUUGAAGUUGUUGCACCUUAACAGUAGGACCUUGGAUUUCAUAGAAUCAUAGAAUUAUAGAGUUGGAAGAGACCACAAGGGCCAUCGAGUCCAACCCCCUGCCAAGCAGGAAACACCAUCAGAGCACUCCUGACAUAUGGUUGUCAAGCCUCUGCUUAAAGACCUCCAAAGAAGGAGACUCCACCACACUCCUUGGCAGCAAAUUCCACUGUCGAACAGCUCUUACUGUCAGGAAGUUCUUCCUAAUGUUUAGGUGGAAUCUUCUUUGGCCUUGCACAGUACCAUAGUCAGUAUUCUGCACCCAGCCAACGACAUCCAACUUCUUUCCUUCAGUCUGUGUGUCCCCCCCCAAUAAUAUUUAUUAAGUUUCAUACAUAUACAACACAUACUGUAAAACAACUAAAACAAAAUAUAAAUAAAACAAAUAAAACAAAUAAAACAAAUAAAACAAAUAAAACAAAUAAAACAAAUAAAACAAAUAAAGAAUAAACACAGAAGAUAUAACAACAAACACAUAAACAAUACAAAUUGAUUAAUAAAUUAAAUUUCUAACUUCAUAAACAUAUUACUUGACUUCCUCUAAUCCCUCACAUCUGAAUUUCCUUGUAACCGAAUGUAGCAGUUUUCCAAUAUCAUUAUUCCAAAACAAUAUUCCAGUUUUAAUCAAAUAUCUUAACUUUUCUUAACAUUCUAAAUCUCAUUUAUUUAAUUAACUCCUAAUUUAAUCCUAGGCCUAUUUGGUACUUUCUGUGUGUUUUUUUGCAGAAAAACACCCCUUGGACUUUUCUCUAACCCUCUUUUAAAGGCAUCCAAAUUGGUGGCCAUCGCUGCCUUUUGUGAGAGCAAGUUCCAUGGUUCAACUACAUGCUGCUUUGAAAAAAGUACCCUUUUUUGUGUGUCUUUCAAUAUUCAGAUUCAUCGAAUGUCCCUGAGAGAUGAAGAUGAUUUCCAGCAACUGGCAUGCAGAGGCAUACUGCCUCUGAAAGAAUAUAGCCAUGUUGGUGCCUCACCUCCUUCCCAUGUGCAACAGCUGACUGACAUUUGAAAGGUGGGUCUACCGUACACAUCACAAACCAAACACAGCCGUCCUUUGAAUUUUGCACUUCCCCAAAUUUUGUAAUUUCAGUUCUCCGGCCAAGUCAUAUGUCUGAAAAAAUGCAUAUGGUAGAGUAAAAGGUGUCUAGAAAAGCAGCUAUGAAUGAAAUCUGCAUUACGUCAGGGAACAAUGUCUUGCAAUAUUAUAAUAUUGCAAAAUUACAUGCAUAAUAUUGCAAAAUUACAUGCAAACAUGUGUCUUUUAGGAGAAGUUCACAGUGAAAUGCUGACGAAUUCUUGUGCUUUAUUUUUAAUUUGGGAAAAAAUGCAAGCUUAUGUGGAGAGCGGAAGCCUUGGGAAAUGAGAAACUGAAAGAAACCAAAAUUAAGAGAUUCACCCUUUCGACUGAGAUAAAAGCUAAUGUCCACGACUGACACCGGAGCUUCCUCGGCUGAUUCCAGCCCCUGCUCAAACCGUGUUUAGAAAACAGAGGAUUAUACAGCGCAUUGCAAGCAACUUGCUUUUCAGUUGCUCCUUCUCGGUUGCCCUGGCAACUUCAAGGGUAAAAAGAACAUUCUGAC